AUGUUGCGGAAGUCCGGCACCCAGCGCCGGCAGCCGGCGCUGUGGCGGCGGUGCCGUAGCCUCCGCCAAAUCAAGCAGGUCCACACCCUCCUGGUCCUCCGGGGCUUCCUCUCGGACCCCUCCGCGCUCCGCGAGCUCCUCUUCGCGUCCGCUGUAGCCGUGCGCGGCGCCAUCGCCCACGCCUACCACGUGUUCGACCAAAUCCCGCGCCCGGACCUCUUCAUGUACAACACCCUCAUCCGCGGCGCCGCGCACACCUCCGCGCCCCGGGACGCCGUCUCCCUCUACGCGCGCAUGGCGCGACUCAGCAGCUGCGGCGGCGGCGUGAGGCCCGACAAGAUCACCUUCCCGUUCGUGCUCCGGGCGUGCACCGCCAUGGGCGCGGGUGGCACCGGAGCACAGGUGCACGCGCACGUCGUGAAGGCUGGACUGGAGUCCGACGCGUUCGUCAAGAACGCGCUCAUUGGCAUGCACGCGAGCUGCGGAGAGCUGGGUGUUGCAGGUGCUCUGUUUGACCACAGGGCGCGUGAGGACGCCGUGGCGUGGUCGGCGAUGAUCAGCGGCUGUGCAAGGAGAGGGGAUAUUGGUGCUGCCCGGCAGCUGUUCGACGAGUGUCCUGUGAAGGACCUUGUGUCCUGGAAUGUGAUGAUCACCGCGUAUGCCAAGCGGGGAGAGAUGGCCCCAGCAAGAGAGCUGUUCGACCAGGCACCUGAGCGUGAUGUCGUGUGCUGGAACGCCAUGAUCUCUGGGUAUGUGAGAUGCGGCUCGCACAAGCAUGCCAUGGACCUGUUUGAGCAGAUGCAGCGCAUGGGCAAAAAGCCAGAUGUUAUCACAAUGCUGAGCUUACUGUCAGCUUGUGCCGACUCCGGUGAUUUGGAUGUUGGCCGAAGGUUGCAUUCCUCUCUUUCAGAGAAGUUCUCAGGAACUGGUUUUACUGUCGUCCUCGGCAAUGCGCUGAUUCACAUGUACGCAAAAUGCGGGAGCAUGAAGAGUGCACUGGAGGUGUUUUGGGUGAUGCGAGAUAAGGAUGUCUCAACUUGGAACUCUAUCAUAGGAGGUUUGGCAUUGCAUGGUCAUGCCCUGGAGUCUGUUGACGUGUUCAAGAAAAUGCUGAAAGAGAAAGUCCGGCCUGAUGAGAUCACCUUCGUCGCUGUCCUUAUCGCAUGCAGCCACGGUGGUAUGGUUGACAAGGGACGUGAGUACUUCAACUUGAUGCAACAGCAGUACAGGAUUGAGCCCAAUGUCAAGCAUUACGGUUGCAUGGUUGACAUGCUGGGUCGCGCGGGGCUUCUGAAGGAAGCAUUUGAGUUCAUUGACACCAUGAAGGUGGAGCCUAAUUCUGUCAUCUGGAGGACGCUUCUUGGGGCUUGUAGGGUCCAUGGUGAGAUUGAACUGGCUGAGCACGCUAACAGACAGCUGCUAAAGGCAAGGAGCGAUGACAGUGGGGAUUAUGUGCUCCUCUCGAACAUCUAUGCUUCAGCUGGAGAAUGGUUGGAGUCGGAGAAGAUGAGAAAGUUGAUGGAUGACAGCGGUGUCAACAAGGAGGCAGGUCGCACGGUUGUAGAUGGCAGCACAAAGGAUCCACUGCAGUCUUUCAGACGGUCGAAAUCACAUCCUGGACUGAAAGGAUUUAUUGGUUGA